AUGGAUGACGGCGAUAGAACAAUAAUUAUCCUCGCGCUAGGUGGCUCCUUGAGGGAGGUCGGAGCUGCGAGUGCGAGGAAGCGGACGAGGGCGGUGGCGUCGGGUGAUAACGAGGCUGAUUGUGAUACCUCAGACACUUCUCCUCAUUUAACCUCCUUAAUACAUCUCCUGCUCCUCCACCUGCGCCGCCUGUCACGCUCCGCCAGCAGAAUACAAGUCCCCGCGUGCCGUGAGACGCAGAAGGCGCCGCUGGAGACUCCUGCUGGAGAAUUAAAGAAGAAAACGUCGGCAGGUGAGGGUGGGAGGAGACGGCGGACCACACACGUCGGUACAUCGUCCGCACCGCCAUGGAACACCGGCUUCGAUUUGCUCCUCGCGUUCCUCUCGUGGCGGGACGCGGCGGGCGUCAGCGAGGGUCGGCGCGGCGGCCUCCCCUUCAGCGUGCCUGGCGUGGCGGGAGGGAUGGAGACACCCGGGAGACAGGCGGCCGUUGGUCCUCAUCGCUGGCAUCUCCUCUACUGCAGUACGUGUGGCUGAGGUGCGGGACUUCCCAAGAUGGCAGAGAGGGCGAGACCUGGAGGGAGCCUUGAGUUACAAAGAUGAAGAUGAACCUUCCACAUCCACGCCCACACACCCACCAAGGAUUCCUUUAAUGCCGUCAUUAUCCUCUCCCACAUGGCCAAGCUAUCAUUCACUCUGGUUAAGGAAACAAACCUGGAAAUGCCUUAUACAUUUUAUUGUUGCAUAUUAAUAAGGUAUUUAUUUAGAAAACCAAGGAAUAUGCCAGAGGUAGUGGUAGAGGAGUGCUGGACAGCACACACUCCACUCUUUGAGAAAGGUGAUGAUGCUAAACUUUAUAACUUGAUAAUGUGUGAACUUUAUACAAAUGAACAUUAGAGAAAUAAGCACUACUUAAAAACUAGGCCAG